CGGAAUGGAGAAGCCCAAUACAUAAGACGAUCGCGACAAACCUGGUCGUUUCCCACACACUUUUGUUGUUAACCACCACUGCCAUGAUCUAUUCUCGCACCUAAUAUCACCACUUAAUUAUCAUACAACACCUUCGUUCUUUCGCCAAUUCUGUGUUUCAGGUCAUCCCGAACCCCACUGGCAAUGCCCAUUUAUCUUCCCCGCAGUGAUAUGGAGUCUAUUUUUCGAAAGGUGUUCAUGUUGAGCGUCAGUUUCCUGCUGGCCUCAGUUGGGUUUUCUCUGAGCGUGGUUUCAUCCUUGUUGGGCAUGUUCUUCCCUGAUAUACAGGAGCGGCCUCCACGUCGUAAGGACCCAAUCCGCGUGUCCAGAAGGAAAAAUCCUCAUCGACAUCAAAACCGUGACCGAUCUUGGUCUCCGGAUCAACAUGGCCUCGUUACAGAGGAGGCCCGGCCCGUUUUCAACCUCCUCGUACAACCUAUUGACAAUGUCACUUAUGACGACCUGAUUGUCACAGAACCAACUGAGCGAGGACUUAGCGAAACUUUAUUGAGUGAUGCCUCCGGCCUGGGGUCAUCGCCACCUUCACAGCCUUCCCGCGCAUCUAUGUCACCCUCCGAGUACUCAGAACGCUCAGAGUCGAGCGCUCAGACGUAUGAUUUCCCUAUAGUAUCGAGCGAGGAAUCAUCUCCUCAUCAUAAUUCGCACAUGCAUGGUUUCCGUAUCAGACGGACGUGGAAAAAAUCGAAAUCCUCCAUUCCAAUGCCUUCUUCGACGGAGCUGCCCAUUCUUAAUAAUCCGUCAACAAUUAAAAAGUCGAAAACGUUCAACAAAAGCCCUCGUACGGAGAAAAAAGGGCAUCUGUAAGGCGAGGUCAUUCUGUGUCAUGGAGAGGGAAAAGACUCCGAAACCACCGACUCCCCGUCCUCGUACACAACCAUAUGAAGCACCGUAUUUUACACCACUUCCAGGUUCCGGGCCUAUUUUGUCUGUGCCUAAGACUAAGCCGGUUCGUAGCAGUACGCUACCACCUCCGUCAAAUCGAGCCGUCACCACUUCCACACCAUUUACAUCAGCAUGGACUACUUAACGUUUCAAGUAAGAACGUUCGCUAUCAUUUGCUAUGGGCAUUUCAGUUCAACAUAAUCGCUUAGCUUCGUUCAUUAUUUAUUCCUAGCUCAUUUUAAUUUCGAAGGAAAUUUAGGCUCAUUUAUGGCAUCGAGACCAUAUGGUGCUACGCGUUCGUUGCAUAAAAAUGUACUUGUAUUGGAG